GUCCGGGUCCAGGUCGGAGGCGGCCCCGCCCGCCGGCUGCGCGUGCGCAGACGCUGAGGCUGGCGGCAGUAUGGUCUCCUCCAGCUUCGCGGGAUCUGUGGUGGCCUCCGUCUGGAGAGCAACAAGAUCUUCCCUUCUGAAUAAUUCUUUGCGCAAAGUGAGUUAUCAAGGAGGAAAAUCUGAACCUGUGAAGCAGCCUCUUAAGAAGUCAAAGUUGCCAGUCGGACGUUUUGAUGCACCGGAGGAUUCACAGUUGGAAAGGGAGCCACUGAAGAAGUUCCCAGAUGAUGUUAACCCAGUUACCAAAGAAAAAGGCGGACCCCGGGGGCCGGAGCCUACACGAUAUGGAGACUGGGAACGGAAAGGACGCUGUAUCGACUUUUAAGUCACACAUCGCACAUUCUUCCACUGAAGAGUCAUUUUCUGAAUGACUUACUGCACACUGUUUUCUUUCUCUAUAGCCUUUAAGUCAUGUAAUUUCCAUCUUUUUUUUUUUCCGACACAGGGUUUCUCUGUGUAGCUUUGGAGCCUGUGCUGGAACUCACUUAGUAGACCAGGCUGGCCUCAAACUCACAGAGAUCCGCCUGCCUCUGCCUCCUGAGUGCUGGAAUUAAAGGCGUGCGCCACCAUCGCCCGGCUUCAUCCCGUGUUUUAAAAGACAUGUGAUCGCCAUGAAGAACAGAUGCUGCUGUAAAUUAGGAAGGGGAGACACUUCUCCAUUCGCACAUGUUAACUUUGACUUCCGGGGGUACGGAGAGUGUAAUGAGAGCUGGAAGCCUUUGCCGUGAUCAUUAGCGACUUAAUCAGUUGCUUAUUAAAUGCACAUGUAAAUAAAUGACUUUUAAAGAUU